AUGGCGGCUGUUUUGGAGGGACAGACCUUGGGUGGUCCAAUGCAUGGUAAAGUGGUUGUAUGUUACAUCGGUACUUGGGCCACGUACCGACCAGGCGAUGGGCAGUUUAACCUUGAAAACCUCGAACCAUCACUGUGCACUCACAUAGUAUACGCUUUUGCUGGACUCGAUGAGAACACGAUGGGAAUAAAGAGUCUAGACCCCUGGCACGACUUAGAAAAGAAUAACGGGAGUGAAGGCUACAGGGGGCUUGUUGCACUAAAGAUGCGGUAUCCCCAUCUGAAGAUUACCAUUGCAAUUGGUGGGUGGAACGAAGGUUCGAGUAAGUUUUCCACAAUGGCGGCGACUCCUGAGACCAGAGCGAAAUUUAUCCAGAGCGUACUUGUAUUUCUCAAUUUAUACAAAUUCGAUGGCCUUGAUUUGGAUUGGGAAUAUCCCGCAAAGAGAGAUGGCAGACCUAUUGACAGAGCAAACUUUGUAUUACUCGUAAAGGAACUGAAGGAAGCUUUCGAAUCUAAUGGCUACCUGUUAACAGCGGCAAUUGGAGCCGGGAAAGAAACCAUGGAAGCGGCUUAUGACCUGCACAAACUUAGUGGAUACCUCGAUUUUAUACACAUGAUGUGUUACGAUUAUCACGGAACUUGGGACGGUGUCGUUGGCGCAAACGCACCGCUCAAAGGCACCAGCGACGACGACGUGCUCAGUGUGGAAUACACUAUCAAGUAUUUACUAUCGAAUGGUGUAAGCCCUUAUAAAAUGGUUCUUGGCUUACCUUUGUACGGUCGUAAUUUCAUCCUCAAAGAAGACACUCAAGACAUUGAAUUCGGUCGUACCCCUGCUGAGCAAACAGGUUUUAAAGGACCGUAUACUAGAGAAGCGGGAUUUAUGGGAUACAAUGAGAUAUGUAUGGAAGUAACCAAUAAAUCGUCGAAGUGGACCCACCACUGGCACGACCAGUCGGCUACGCCAUACUUGCGUGAUGGCAAGCGGAUCAUCGCUUACGACAACACCAGGUCGAUUGCUAUCAAAGUCAAAAUGGCCAUUGAAUACAAUUUGGGCGGGCUCAUGGUAUGGAGUAUUGACACGGACGACUUCAGAGGCAACUGUGACAAAGAGGCCGACUCAUAUUAUGAUUUCAUACAACAAUACAACAAGAUCGUCGACGAUCCUCUACUAAAAAAGGCAUUGAAAUCCCUCAAUCUACCUGAGGCUGGCCGUUUUGAAAACUUGAAUCGGCGUACAGCUUAUGUGGUAUCCAAUAACAAACUGCACCUGAGACUCCCUGAGCCUCAGUACUCGAAUUAUCCGCUAAUGCACACCAUCAACGAGGCUACAAAGCUCGCUCUGGAAGAAAAAAGAAUCCUGGACGAAAUGGAACGUACCACGCAGCAAAAUGAGAUUCCUGAUGAACCCGAUUCAGCCUCCGGGCUUGCUAUCAGUACAGUGACUGUGAUAUGUUCCGUCAUGAUUGGUUUAUUUAGAUUA